CCUCUGCUUAUUGCAUUUAACUGUCAUUGCUUCUAUAAACUUUGCAAGACAUUAAAACAUGGCUCUUGAAACAAUGGCACUGUCGUUAUCUUGUGCCAAGUUUUCAUCAGGUGUUGAAGAUGAUGAUAAUAAGGAGGCAUUUGUUUCCCCUAGAUUUGUUGUGAUUGGUCACAGAGGAUUUGGGAUGAAUAUGCUUCAAUCUCCAGAUGAGAAAAUGAAAAUGAUCAAAGAAAAUUCUAUUCUUUCUUUCAAUGUCGCUGCUGGUUUCCCCAUUGACUUCAUUGAGUUUGAUGUCCAGGUGACAAGAGAUGGUUGUCCUGUAAUUUUCCAUGAUAACUUCAUGUUCACACAAAAGCAGGGAGUUAUCAUUGAGAAACGAGUAACGGAAAUGACUUCACAUGAAUUUCUCUCAUAUGGCCCACAAAAGGAUGGUUCAAAUGUGAAGCCUAUGUUUAGGAAGACAAAAGAUGGUAGAAUUUUCGAGUGGAAAGUCGAGAAGGAUGAUCAUUUGUGUACCCUUAAAGAUGCAUUUGUAAAAGUUAAACGUUCACUAGGAUUCAAUAUUGAGCUCAAAUUAGACGACAAUAUUGUGUAUGGAGAAGAAGAAUUGCGUCAAAAUAUUGUCAACAUCUUGAAGGUCGUAGAUGAGCAUGCCAAGAACCGCCACAUAAUCUUCUCAAGCUUUCAUCCUGAUGCGGCUCGACUCAUCAGGAAUAUGCAAAGGAGUUAUCCUGUAUUUUUCUUGACAAAUGGAGGAAGUGAAAUCUAUAAGGAUGUGAGAAGGAACUCGCUAGACGAGGCCAUCAAGAUUUGCAAAGAAGGCGGUUUGCAAGGGAUUGUAUCUGAGGUUAAGGCCAUAUUAAGAAACCCAAAUGCAAUCACACGAAUCAAAGAAUCAAACCUUUCACUUCUAUCCUAUGGCCAGCUUAACAAUGUCGUGGAGGUGAUUUACUUGCAAUAUCUGAUGGGUGUGGAGGGAGUGAUCGUUGAUAUGGUAAAGGAGAUCUCCGAAGCCAUCGCAAACAUUGAGGUUAGAAACGAGGAAGAUGAAGAAGAAGAUGAUAGAAGAGAGUGUCUGAUUAUAUUUGGAGACGAGAGGAAAAAGGUGAGGAUUUCUAAGGAUGAGAUCGCUUUCUUAACAAAAUUCGUACCAAAAAAACUUCAACAGUGAUGUUGCUUCGUUUACAGUGUAAAUUACUUGUACAUAGACUACUUAAUUAGGCGGUUAUAAAUUAAAAUAAAAACUGGGGCAUAGUUUUUGUAUGUAAACGAAAAAUAUUAACGACAAGAAUAAAUCUUGUUGAUAGUCUGAUACAUUC